CGUCGUCAAGCUUGUUUCCUGCUGAUCGGGGGGAGGAGGAGUCAUGCAGUCUCCUACCGGCAAUCCCAAAGGCGGCAGCCCGCCUGUAGAACCAGAGUCAGAUGAGUCGGACUACGAGUAUGAAUACGACGAGUCCGAGAGGGAGACAUUUUACAUCAACCUUGACCUCACGUCCUGCAAUGGCACGAUACGACCGCCGAGGCAGAGAUCUGCUGCCUCCUCAAAUUCCCUCGUCCCGUUAGUUGAUAUGACGACUUCGCAGCCAGGGUCUCCAGUUCCCCAUUCAAGCCCAAACCAGGGUCAAUCAACUGGAAUUGACCCAGAUCUGGAAAUGGAACUUCAAAAUCAAAUUCAAAUAAUGGAGUUACACUCACCUAAUCCUAUCGUGUCCUACCAAAAUCAGAUCUUUAGUUGUUCCUGGGCUGAUCAAAUUGGAACCGAUAUGAUGUUUUCACUGCCUGGCGAUGAAGACGAUACUCCCGCUCUGCGACAAAAUAGGGAUUUUGACUUAGUUUCCACGACGCGAGUGAAAAUCCUAGGUCAGAAAGCGCAUCUCAUAUCGGGUUCUAGCUCUAGCCAAGCUCAAAGAAUGCGCUCAGGAGGUUCUUCAACUGGACAAGCGCAAUUCCUAGAAUGCCUUAUGAGAGCAAAACGAGCCAAAGGUGAAGAGGAUAUUGUUCGAACAACUUUUCCUCAAGCGCAAAAGCGAAACCAAAAUAUUGAGGAAAGAUUGCAGGGUUGGGCUAGAACUGAAGGAAUGCUUGCUGAACUCGAGAACGUCAGCCAGCAGGCGCGGGCUGGCGACCCCGAAGCUAUGAAAAGACUAGGAGAGAUUUACGCACGAUUUGAUGCUGCUUCACGGAAGAAUGUUGGGCCAGAAACUCCUGCCACCAAUGCCCAAUCAUCGACACCGCUUGUCCAAGAGCAUCUACCCGGAGAUUCAGCGUUGACCUAAUAGCAUUGAAAGCGGAUAACAAUUGCUUGAUUCUUGGCUCCAAGAAAAUAAGUGAUUUGCCGCAUACCGGAAAACUGAACACCUUAUGUUUUACAAAUCGCAAUAACCGCCAUCGGUUCUCUCCUGGAAGACCUAAAUAUUCAUGCUUCACAACAUUUUCAUUAUGAAAAGCUAAUAUUUUGAUACACAAGGAAAGUAUGAUGAUUCUCAGGGAAUUAUGGGAGCCCCCAAACACCCGCUCCUUUCAAAAACAAAUAUAAACGUGUUGAAAGCAGACAUUAUAUCAGGUAUAUUCUCGAAGGAGCAAGCAAAACAAAGGAAAUUGAGCGAGCGGGUCUUGCCUGAAGAAGGUAACUCGAGGGUUCGCAAAGAAACCAAGGCUCUAAAAGGUUAUAUUCUAUAAUAGUCGCAGACGAAGAGAACGCGAGGAAAGAUAACAGGAUUAAGACCAGCUCAUGUCGAAAUUAAACUGUUCGGGUAUCGGGUUCAAAUUUUUAGCACAUCUUCCAGCCGGAUGCUCCGACUGGAGAUGGUGGAGGUGGCGGUGGCUGCUCAUAUUCAUCUCUAAA